CGGAAGUCGCUGUGGUGUGUUCCGGUGCUGAUGUGGCCGGGGGCGGCGCUUGGCAGCUGAGGUCGGAGCCGGGGGCGCUACCGGAGUUGGGUGAACGCGGGGGAGACCGGGCUCCCGGCGCAGUGGAUGCCUAAUGAAGCAGUCUCAACCUUAUCCAUACUGCAACCACCACUUCCUGGGGCUUCCUUCCAAUUUAGCACUAUGGGAAGGGCAAGGGGGUUGUGACCCCAUAAUGCCUGCUUGUAAUCUGGAGAGGAGAGAGCAGAUGGUUGCAAGGUCUGGAUAUUCUAUAGGCUAGAAGAGUGAAGCACGGUCAUUUCGCCACGCUGAGAAUAGGGAUACUAACCCGUUCCUACUGGAGGUGUCCGUGUAAAGAUCAGAGCACUGCGGUCUGAGAUGCUGAGCCGCUUAUCAGGGUUAGCAAACACUGUUCUGCAGGAGCUGUCGGGGGAUGGAAGUGAUGCACAAGUUGAGUCCUCUGCCACUGUGUCGGAGCCAGGAAUGGAGAGCAGGGAGGAGAUGCCCAAGGAUAUACUGGAGCGUCUGGCCCACACAGAGCAGCUGGCUGUCCAGCUGAAGGAUUUGGUCCGAGAGAAGGAUGCCCAGCUCCAGCAGAAAGAAGUUGAACUCAAGGAAGAGAGGGAGGCUGCAGAUGCUAAGUUGAAGAAGCUGAAGCUGCAGGCCAAAGCCAAGCUGGCAGCUCUGAAUAAACGCAUUGAGGAGCUGACAGAGCAGGGGUCAGUGUUGCCUGCAAAAAGCCUGCCAGAAGAGCAGCUGCAUCACAGGAAGCUUCAGAAUAAUCAGAGGACUAAUGAAGAGCAGAGAGAGGAGGCUGAAGCACUCAGAAAGAAACUCCAGGAGCAGGAGGACACUGUCAGGAACCUGAUGGAGCAGCUGACUGCAACUAGAGAGAGCCUGACAGAUACUCAGACCAAGCAAGCAGCCCAGCUGAGCUGCCUGCAGGAGGUGAUUCGUGAGAAGGAUGCUCUCCUAGAAGAACAGGUUCACCAACACCAUGCUGAAUUACACCAAGUAGUGGCCCGAUCAGAUCUGGAAGCUGAGAUGCAGCAGAACCUGAGGACACUGCAGAGAAAGCUGGAGGAACAGGAAGCGGCUCUGCUAGGACGAACUCAGGUGGUGGAACUGCUGCAGCGGGAAUUACGUGGUGCGGAAGAACAGAACAAGACUCUCUUGGACCAGUGUCAGAGGAUGGAGGCAGAGCUGAGCUCUUUAAAGAACAUGUUGGAUGCAGAGAGAGAGGAGUCUCGAAGCCUCGUGGAGAAGAUGGAGCUGGAAUUGGCUGAGAAGAAGCUGUCCUUCCAUCGCUUACAGGAGGAGGUGCAGUAUCUCUCAGAGCAGCUGGAGCAGGCAGGAAGAACUCGGGCUGAACUGGAAUCUGAAUGUAGAGCUCAGGACCAGAAACACAAGCUGGAGGUAGAAGAGCAAAAGCUGCAUAUUACUUACCUCCAGAUGGCUGAACAAGAGCUGCGGUCUAGCCACGAUGGCCUCAUAGCUCAGAAUGAUCAGCUGCUGCGGGAUAUUGAUCGGCUGCUGAUGCAGUCUACUGAAAACUCUGCUACCAUACAACACCUGCAAGAUGAGCUCACGCAAAAAUCUGAGGAGUUCGUCCAUUGCCAGACUGAGCUAAAAUUGUUAAAGUCUGAGCCAGUGAUGCAGGUCUCUCAAUCAGAGGAGCAGGUACAAUCUCUAAAGCCAGUCUCUGAGCAGGAUGAAAUACCUCUGCAGAAAAAUGUGGUGGAGCAGGAGGAUGAGAAGAGGACUUUACUCCUACCCACUGCAGGCUUGGAGGGGCUGAAGGCUGAAAAUGAGACCCUGUGCUCUCAACAUACCCUCCUGGAGGCUCAGCAUGAAGCUGUGAUGAGCAUGGAAGAUUCAAACCAGACUGACAGCACUGGAACUGAUUCCAAGUUAUUGGACUUGCUGACUCAAGAAGGACCAUCCUGCUCUGGAUACUGCUCACCUGAUGGUCAUUCAGCAACACUAGUGAAUAAUGAACCACAAUCUCCUCAGCCAUCUGAAGAUACCAUGGUUCUAACCCAGACCAGUACAGAUGAAACCCCAAGAAGCAGCUGUGGGCAGUCUGCUGAAGAAAGUGGCCCAGCUGGCAUUCUGGAGUAUCUUUCUGCAGAGAAACAUAAAGAGCUGUCAGUCUUGUUGCUGGAAUUGAGGGAAGCUCAAGAGGAGAUAAUAUUUCUGAAGGGACAGCUCCUGGACCCAGGAAACCAAACACCUGCAAUGAACUUGGCAGAGGAAGAAAUAAACCUAAUGGGAGGAAGAUUCCAGCCAAGAUUCCUUGAGGGAGAAGGACAAAAGACCUCAUCUAUUCAGAGUGAAUUGAGCAGCUGCUCGCUGACAGUGGAGGAAGUGCAGAAAACUUCUGUGCUUCAGGAAGAGACAAUCAGCUUCCCAGGAGUACCCAUGGAGCACAUCACCCACAGUGGAGGGGAAAUGGAGGCAGUGCAAGGGCUUAGAGGAGCGCUCUCUGCAGCAACUACAGAGCUUGAUCUUUCUCAGCCUCAGGAGCUGACACAGUUGCAGAUAAAAAUUAUGGAGCUGCAAACAAGUCUGCAGAAAUCCGAGGAAUUGUAUAAGAAAGACUCAGACGAGAAAGUGGCAGAAAUAAAUAGGCUAACCCAGCUGGCUGAGGAAUGCAGGAAAAAUGCAGAGAACUCUAACAGUGCAUUGCAUCUUCUGACUGAAGAGAGAGAUCAGCUCCUGUCUCAGAUGAAGGAGCUUUGUACCAUAACAGAACUAAAGGAGCAAGUGAAGAAGCUUGAGGGAAAUCUAAUGGAUUCAGAAAAGCAGAGGCUAUCUGACUAUGAAAGCAGAACUAUACAGCACAGUCUACUGAAAGAACAAAUCCAGAGCCUGAAAAAUGAAUAUAAAUCCAAAGAGAUAAAAAUUGAAGCUUUGCAAAAGGACCUGGAUGAGGCACAGCUUCAGCUUUCGAAACAGGAUGCUCUAGCAAAAAGUCUGAGAAACCAGCUCCAGAAGACGGAGUGUGAAGUGCUUGAUCUGCAAGAACAUCUGAGGAAGAACACAGUCAAGAUAGAGGAGCUUACCCAAGGCAUUGUCUCAAAGGAGCUUGACACAGCAAGGCUAGAACAGGUUCUUGCUGAACGGACUGGGGAUAAUGAGAACCUCCAGCAAACUUUACUGGAGAGGGAUCAGCAGGUGACGGAAAUCAGCAUCACAAUGUCUGAGAAAAUAGUCCAGCUGAAUGAAGAGAAAUUUGCUCUGGGGAGUGAGCUAAAGAGCCUUAAAGAGCAGAUGAGCCUAUUGCUGAAAACUGAAGAGAUAAGAGACCAGCACAUGGGACAAACAGGAGAAGUAGAAGACUUGUGUCUGAAAUGCAAGGGGUCUGAGCAGCAGAGUGAGAUGGUGGCAGCAGUGUGUAAGGAGAGAGAGGUGCUAGGAAGUGAACUGGAGCGUCUCAAAAAAGAAAAUGAGCAAGUGAAGCGGAAGCUGCAGGCAGCUCUCAUCAACAGGAAGGAACUUCUGAAGAAGGUCAACAAGCUAGAGAAUGAGCUGGUGCAAGUGAGAGGGACAUUUGGGGCAGAAGCUCAGAAAGCUGAAGUGGAAGAAACUACAGCAAGUGGCCUAAAUGCAGAGGGAGACGUGACUCCUGAAAGCCACGCCAGGGAGAUGUCUCUCAUGCAGUUGCUUUCUGAAAGGGAAGCUGAGCUGCAGAGCAUCCAGAAGGACUUGUCGGAGAAAGAAGCAGCUGAAGCACAGUUGCAGGCUCUGAUUGAGGAGAUGAAGAAAAGUUUGCAGGAUAAGACCAACCUAAUUGAUUCAGAGAAGGCUGAAAUUAUGGAAAGCCAGUCAGCCAUCCAGAAACUUAUCACAGCCAAUAAGCACUUGGAAGGUUCUGACCCAGCUGCUUCUAAAGAGGAUGAGGUGGACAGUCCAGCUGCUGCAGGGUUUGAAGAACACCAUAAGUCUGCCCUGAAAGAGAGAAUCUCAGCCCUUGAACAAGAAAAAGAGCAACUUCAAAAGAAGCUUCAGGAAGCACUGACUUCCCGUAAGGAUACUAUAAAGAAGGCCCAAGAAAAAGAUCGACACCACAGAGAACAGCUGAAACAGCAGAAGGAUGAUUACAAUCUCCUACAAGAAGAGUUUGGUAAGCAAAGCAAAGAGAAGGAAAGCAUCCAAGAUCAGCUCAGGCAACUCCAAGCACAGAGUGAGUGUACAGAGAGCCGUUCUCUGCCAGGCAUCCAUUUCCAAAGGUCAGCUGAGUCUGUACUUGAUGUAACACAACAGCUUGUAGGAAACGUACAGCAUUCUGGCUGGAGCCAAGGCUGGAUUGAGUCUUCAUGCUUGGAAGUAGAAAAUACUAAGACAAAUAACCUCUUACAGGAGACAGAUGUUUCUGUAGAAGAGUUUAAGGUAGAGCUCAAGAAUCUGCAGACCAAGAAAAAUGAACUAGAAUUCAAAGUCAGUCAGUUGGAAAGUGAUCUUGCUUGCAAAUCAGAAGCAGUCAUUCAGCUACAAGAGCACAUAGCACAAUUGCUCUCAGAGAUGGAAGGUCUGAAGAGCACCUGUCACCAGGUGGAAGCCCAUGCAGCAAGUCUUCAGGCAGAACUGGAAAAAAGUAAAGCAGAGAUUUCCAGACAGGACAAUCUGAAGGCACUUAAACAAGAAGUAGAGGAGCUAAAAAAUCUCAUGAGCAAAAAGGAUGAAGAAAUUGAACUCUUAAACUUGCAGCUAAGAGAGAAAAGCAAAGCUCUUACUCGUGUACAGAGAGAUUUCCUGGAAAAAGACGACUUGAUCAAGACUCUGCACAGUCAACUGGAAAAACAAACUAGUAUGCAUGAGGAACAAAGCAAGCGACUGAAAGCUGAGCUUCUUGAAGUCCAGCAGAGACCAGAUGAGGGGGCUGAAGAAGCCAAAUAUAAGAACCAAAUGCAGAGAAAACUGCAGGCUGCACUCAUCUCUAGAAAAGAGGCACUUAAAGAGAGCAAGACUCUAAAAGAGGAGCUGGCUACUGCCAAAAUGACUAUAGAAAAUCUCUCUCUGAGGUUGGCAGAUAUGGAGAGCCAGGUUUGUGAUUGGGAUAGGCAAAAAGAUGCCUUAUCAGAAAAAUUAGUAGGUGUCACUGAAGAGAGAGAGAAACUCAUUGCAGAAGUUGACAAAGCUUUAAUGGAAAAUCAGAACCUUGAUAGCUCUAGUGAAAGCCUGAAGCUGGCUCUAGAGGGGAUCACUCAAGAGAAGGAGAAGCUAGAGAAGGAGAUCGAAUCCUUGAAAUGUUCGCAGGCUGCUGAGAGUUCUGAGUGGCAAGAGAAAUAUAAGGAGCUGCAGAAAGAAUAUGAAACCCUCUUGCAGUCCUAUGAGAAUGUAAGUAAUGAGGCUGAGCGAAUUCAUCGUGUUCUGGAAACUAUCAGGCAGGAAAAGCAAGACAUUUUCAGCAAGUUGAAAGGUGCUGAGGCUAAGAAAAGAGAAGUAGAUAAGCAGCUGCAGGAGGCUGAGCAGGAGAUGGAGGGAAUGAAAGAAAAAAUGAGGAAGUUUGCAAAAUCCAAGCAACAAAAGAUCCUGGAACUGGAGGAAGAGAACGAACGGCUGAGAACAGAGUUGCACCCUACAGAGAGUGACCUACACAGGGAUGGAGAUAUGGCUCUCUUGACAAGCACUAGUAUUAGAGAGGCACUAGAGAGCUCUAGGAGGGACUGCCAAUCUCUUUCCAUUCAACUUGAAGCAUUAAUGGCUGAAAAGGGUUCUCUUAGUCAAGAAGUUCAAGUCUUAAAGCACCAAUUACAGUGCACAGAAUCCAAGCUGAAGGAAAACCUAGAGGCAGCAGUCAAGCAUGGUGUCCAAAAAACUAUAGUGGAAGGAGCAAAUCAAGCCAUUCUCACAGCAGCAUUACCUCUAGAAGUGGCUGACAAUCAAGUGGAUUUAGGGCCCUGCGCAAAGUCUCCAGAGCCUCUUAGAGCAGGCAUUGUAACUGAUGCAGAAGAGAAAUUAAAUGAAGGUAGCAGCUCACAUGAUGAAAUUAAUACUUACUUACAGCAAAUAGCUCAGCUCACAGAGCGAAUCACAGAACUGGAGGAGAAUAGAAUGGCUGCAGAAGAACAAGUAGGCAGCAUCUGUAGGAGUGCUGAAACCUUAGGAGAGGAGAAAAAGGCCUUAGAGAGCCAAGUGGCAGCAAAAGUCCAUGAACUGAACACCCUUCAGGAAACAGUAGCCAAGAUGGAACUAACUAACAGACAAAUCGAAGAACAACUUGUCAGAAUGACAAAGCUGAAGGAAACGCUGGAGGCAGAGAAGGAUGACUUGGAGGAAAGGCUCAUGAAUCAGCUAGCAGAACUUAAUGGAAGUAUUGGAAACUAUCAACAAGACAUGGCUGACCUCCAAACCAAAAAUGAGCAACUGAAAUCUGAGCUCCAGAGCUUGCAAAGAAUGGUAAGUGAGCUGGAGAAGGAGAAGUGGCAGCUAGUGAGAGAGAAAACUGAGGCAGAGGCAGACACACAGAAGGAAUAUGCAGAAAAACUAAAAUGUGCUCGGAAGGGAGAUGGCAGCAGAACUCAUGCAAAAGAGCUUCAGGAACUGCUGAAACAGAAACAGCAGGAGGUGAAGCAGUUGCAGAAGGACUGUAUUAAAAGCCAGGAGAAGAUCAGUAGUCUAGAGAGAACUGUUAAAGCUCUGCAGUUUGUUCAAAGUGAGUCUCAAAAGGAACUUGCAGCAGCCAAAGAGAACUUAGCCAAAGCAUGUGAAGACACCAAGAAAGCACAAGCAGAGCUGGCUUCCUGCAGAAUAUUACUGGAUGAUACUCAGAGCGAGACAGCAAGGGUUCUAGCAGAGAGCCUCAAAGUGAAAGAGGAGCUGCAGGCAAACAAAGAGCAUGUUAAAAUUCAAAUGAAGAGAAAGGAUGAAGAUUUUGAAAGAAGACUGGAACAAGAAAAAGACCAGCACUCAAAGGAGAUAAAUAACAUGGAGGAAAAGCUGGCAUCUUUGCAGAGAGAGAGAGAUUAUAUGGAAGGGACUGUCAGAGACAUUCAAGAUUCCUUAUACAGAAGGGACCAAGAAGCCAAGCAGCUACAAGGCAGCCUUAACAAAACCCUGGCCCAGCUUGCAGCCUUCACCAGGAGCAUGACUUCUCUCCAGGAUGAUAGGGAUCGAGUGAUAGAUGAGUCCAAAAAAUGGGAGAAGAAGUUCACUGAGGCUAUUCAAAAGAAGGAAGAGGAGAUCCAUGCUAGAGAGGAGACCUGCACUGUUCUAAAGGAUCAGAUGAGGCAGAUGUCCAUGCAUAUAGAGGAGCUACAGAUUCAUGUAUCCAGGCUGGAACACAACAAACAGGAUUGGGAGUCUGAGUCUCAGAGAGUGAUUCAGCAGCAUCAAAAGAUGUCUGACAUGUUGCAGGAGGAAAACAAAGGGCUCAUGUCUCAGUUAGAAGAGUAUCAGAGACUAUAUACAGACUCUCAAAAUGAACUGCAGAAGGUAGAUGCAGAAAUCAAGUGCCUCAGAGACCAGCUUGCUGAUUUGCAUAACUCCUUCACUAAGUCUGAGGUAGCAAGAGAAGAAAUGGAAAGCAUGGUCAAGCAACAAGAGGCCAGUAUCCAGAACUGUAAAUUCAACUGUGAGCAGCUUGAGGCUGACCUACAGGCCUCCAAGGACCUGACAAACAAGCUGCACAAAGAAAUUGGUGCCAAAGAUCAGAAGAUUAUCAGUCUACUGUCUGCCAAGGAGGAGGCAGUCAUGACUGUUGUAUCUGAGUUACAGCAGCAACACGGUGAAGAGGUUAAAAAGCUGGAGGACAGGCUGGGCAAGAAGGAAGAAGAGAAAGUGGCCCUGGAAAAUGAGAGAGAGAAAGCACUGGACAAGCUUAAUCAUCUCAUGGAAACAAUGAAGAUAACCAGAGAGGAAAAUAAGCAGCAGAAGGCACAGCUGGCUUCCUUCACCAAAUGCAUGUCUUCUCUGCAGGAUGACAGAGACCAUGUGCUGAGAGACUAUAAACAGCUGGAAGAGCGUCAUCUUGUUAUAAUCCUGGAGAAAGACCAGUUGAUUCAAGAGGCUGCUGCUGAGAACAACAAGCUCAAAGAGGAGAUUCGAAGCUUCCAUAGCCGGAUGGAUGACCUCAACUCUGAAAAUGCCAAACUGGAUGCAGAACUCGUGCGGUAUAGGGAGGACCUGAACCAGGUGAUUUCAAUAAAGGAUUCCCAGCAAAAGCAACUCCUCAAAACAAAGCUUCAGCGAAUCCAGGUGCUGGAAAGUGAAAAGGUCAACAUAGAAGGGCAUCUGAAGGAGUCUGAACAUGCUGUGGAAGAUCUCAGGCAGUGUGUGGAAGCCCUGAAAGAGGACAAACAAAGCAUGUCCAAAGAGAUUGAGAACAUGACAUUCUCUCUGUCUCAGAUUCAGAGCGAGAUGACAGCUUUACAUGAAGGGAGACUCAUUGUGGAGCUGGAGACCCAAUUAAAAGAUCAGGAGAAGGAGGUGCAAGAGCUGAGCGGUAAGCUUGCUCUCUCACAGAAGAGGGUAGCAGAAUUAGAGGAGGAACUGGUCCAUGUCCAAAGGAAUGCAGCCAAGAAGGUGGGAGAGGCUGAGGACAAACUUGAGAAUGAACUGAAGCAUCUACAUCAUGAUGCAGGGGUAAUGCGGAAUGAAACUGAAACAGCAGAAGAGAGGGUAGCAGAGCUGGCAGGGGACCUGAUGGAAAUGGAACAGAAAUUUCUUACAGUCACAGAGGACAACAAAGAUCUGAGAGCCCAAAUUCAGUCUUUUGGGAAGUCCAUGAGCUCUCUCCAGAAUAGCUGGGACCAAACUAAUGAAGAGCUUCAGGUGCUGGGAAAGAAGUACUCUGCAGACUUAGAGAAGCAGCAGUGUCUAGUACAGAGCCUCCAGAAGGAGAUGGCUCAAUUACAGGAAGAGCAGCACUCCACUGCAAAAGAGAGAGACACUCUGAUGUCUGAACUGACAGCCCUGAAGAAUGCUGAUGAUAAAAAAGGUCUGUUAUUUCAGCUUGAGGAACUUAACCGACAGCUCAGAGUCAAAGAGGAAGAGCUUCUCCGCUUGUCUUUGGAACUGGAGGAGUCCUCCAGCCAGGUAAAGUCCUUCUCUAGGGCCAUGGCAAGCCUGCAGGAUGAGAGAGACCGUCUGUUGAGUGAAUUGGACAAAGCACAUAAGGUGGAGGAAGUGAAGCAGCAGACAGCAGUGAGCUCUUCCACCAGCCCUGCAGAAGUGCAGAGCCUGAAGAGGGCAUUGUCCUCCUUGCAGGAUGACAGAGACAGACUGUUGACAGAGCUGAAGAAUCUGCAGCAGCAGUACCUGCAGAUUGGCAUGGAAACAGCUGAGAUCUCUCACUUAAAGACUCGACUGCAGGAGUAUCAGCUAGAGGCUGAUAAACAGCAUUGUCUCCAAGAACAAUUGAGGCAGGACAGCAUUUCCUGCCAACAGGAGCUCCACCAGCUCAGACAGGAGAAGACCACAUGGGAGAUGCAGAACAAGAGGGAAAAAGAGCAGUACUUGAUGGCCUUGGCGGACAAAGACCAGCAGCUAAGUCACUUGCAAAGGAUUGUGCAAGAUUGUGUGAAGUCACCCCUGUCCAAGACGCAGGUCAUAGAGGAGCAAUAUCAAAGGCAGACUUCUCCAGAGACCCCCAGCUCCAGUGAAACUUUGGGAGGGGACCCGUCCAGCCUAGAAUCCGAGACAGAUCGCCUCCGGGUCCAACUGGGUGACAGCCUGAAAGAGCUGCACCAAAAGGAGCUGAGAAUUCAACAGUUAAACAGUAAGCUCUCUCAGAUCUUUGAGGAGAAAAAUGCCCUCUCUAUCCAGCUGCGGGGCAGCAGCCAGAAUCUCCGUGAGAGCCACCAACACUGCCGUGAGGUCCUGAACCGCUGCAUGGCCCUGGAGAGGCAGCUGCAGGAGCUGCAAUCCCCAAACAAGGACACGGUAAGGGGUGGAGUAAUGGAGGGAAGGUGGUGUAUUCCUUGUGACAGCCUAGUUGAAUUGAAGGGCAAUUCUCACUGCAGACUUUGUUUGCUGUAUGACAUGGCAGCUGGUCUGGACUCUGUUCUGUUUGAGACUUUAAUCCGGCUCUCCCAUUGCUUUACUGAUUGCCCUGCCCAGCACUUGAUGCCUUGCCGCACAUAUACUCUGUUUCAGAGGUCACUCGUGACAGAUGCUGCUCCAGGAGCCCCUCAGGAAAAGAACGAACUUCAAAGAGAGUGUUACACUCCAGAAUUGCAGGAAUUACAGCUGAGGUUAUCAGAGGCCAAACAUCUGCACAGCAGCACAAAGCAGGACCUGAGGCGUUUGGAAGAGCAGCUGCAUGAGGAACGAGACCAGCGUCUUGCUGCAGAGGAGGCUUUCUCAGCAGCACAGGAUCAGAUCAGGAGGUUGGAGUCAAGUGAAUGGGCAUCUGCUCUGGGUUCCAGCAUUGAUUUGUCUCCACCCCAUGAACACUCCUUGCUGAUUGACCCCAUGGACAGUUCCUUUAGCAAGACUCGGAGCAACUCUGGUUUGUGGCGGCAGCUGCGCUUUCUCUUCUGUUCCAGAACCCGCCUACCACUGCUGGUGACCGUGUAUUUGCUCAUGCUUCACAUCCUACUCUUCCUGUGCUUUACAGGCCGCCUGUGAGCAGGGCCAACAGUCUCUCCCUGAGCAUCAGACCUUUACCCCAUGCCUGUGCCAGACAGGUUUUUGGGCCAGCAGUCACCAGUGCCCCGCACCAGCUGGCCACCCACCUAGCUAGCUCUGUGGGGCAACUGAGCCCAGCAGUCUCCAGCACUCACCCCUGAGCUGCUUGCUCUGGCCCAACUGGGUGGCUGCUGACAACCUUUCACACACACCCUCACGAAGUGUUACCAGGUCAUCUUUUCUGAGCCAGGCUCCUCAGGCUGGGAAUGAGUGAAGACGGUGUAAUCUGCAGCUUCCACCUGCAGACGGCUCCACUCCAGCUGUUAAUCAUUUAUGAUGGGGGUUGCAAAGAAAAUGCUGUCAGGUACUGCAGCUCCCAGUGCCUUCAGAAGGUUCGCUGGCACCACUGCAUCUUGUCAUGCUUACACUCAAGCCGGUAUCAAUGGCUGUACCAGCCUAGAAAGUGGCAUUGGCCACCUGCCCCUCAGUCCACAUGUCACUGGCUUUGCAGGUGAUGGCUCACCCUACCCAUCUGCAGUGUUCCUUCCCUUUCACAGAUAGCACUAUCGUAUUGCAGAGAUUGCACCAGUCCAUGAGCAAGGGAGGGAAGCUCCCUCCCCGCUGAUCCCCCAGAUCUUAAACCCAGCCACUUGGGCCCUUCUAGUGAUGAUUAAAAACAAGAAAGGGAAGUUGUGGAGUUUUUACGGGAUACUAUAUAGAGCCAAUCAGGGUCUGUUUUAUAACUUUUUCAGUGGGGCUAAUUUUUGGGUUUCAGCUCAGUAGAGUUCCCUGCAGGAGAAGGGCAAUCACUGCAGCAUGCAAACAUGCUGAGCCUUACAUCUAAGGGCUUUUGUAAGUAUUUGCUGUUAUGCCCCUGCAGGAGAAGGGCAGUAAUUUAAUUAUUGAAAGAGAAUAGGGGACUUGACCUUUUAUCUCUAAUUUAAUCAUUGCACUAAUUAUAAAGCUUGUGCAGUUCUUGCUGCGGAUAGGGGAGAGGAGAAGAGAAGUCCUGCUCCUGCACCCUGUUUCCUUUGAAAAGACUAAACCUGGAUAAUUUGUGCUACAGGGUAUAGCUCCAAGGGGUCUGGGCUCUCCAUGGAUUACAAGAACCCCACAGACAAACCCCUCCCUGUUGUAAGGGGAAGAUUCCUAAGGCCUCUGCCCCACCCCCACUUCAUGAGACUUCUUUUUGGAGAAGCCUGUGACUGGUGUUGCUGGGGUGGCUGCAUGUACCCUAUGCCAUACACUCUAAGUGCAGUUGGGCCUGUUCCCACUGAUUGUGUAGAUGGCGGAGUUCAGAGCUCUCUACGGAGCCCCUGAACAUGCUCCAUACAGAGAAUGAGAUACUGAUGUACCUGGAGAUGAGGAUUCUGAACACAGUGGUGACUGCUCCAGUUGAGAAAGGAGGGUGGAACCUAUCAGAUAAGCCUUCACUUAGAGCUGCCGUCUACUUUGUAAGGUGUGCCUCUCCCUUCCUGGUUUUAGAAUGCCCUCCCCCCACACACCGUUUAAUGGAGGAAAGUUAAUUCUCCUGACGCUGUUCUUAGUCCAGGUCUCCAGGGUCGCUGAACUGAGCCUGUGAAGAGACAGGGACUGGUUCCUUUGCUGUCCCUACAGCAACUGGGCCUCUGGCUAGGUCCAGAAUACUGAAGCCAUAUAUCUGUGCUCCCCCAUGAGUAUUUAUAGAGAGCGUGCCCUGCAGGAUUCCCCCCUUGAUUCUAUGAAAUCCAGUGACUGAACCUCUCUCCUAUAGCUUCCGGGGGCACAUGCUCCUGUGUACAAUAAAGAUUAUUUUUCAGAGUGAA